AUGGGAUCCACAGGCACCCUUUUGUUACCCGGAGCCCUCGCCAUCUGCUCCAAGCGCGCAGGGCUCCAGGCUGGGACAAGUUCAUUCCGUGGGGACCUUGUCCUCCUACCCACAGUGGUGGCGAUGCUUCUCCUCGGCGCAAGCCCCGUGUUGGCCACCGCCGCCACCACAGCAUUCCCCGCAGACUGCAGCCACCUCCGCAAGACCAGCCCCAGCGGGGUGUACGUCAUCCAGCCGGCAGCGUCCCCGCCGCGGGUGGUGUGGUGCGACAUGGACACCGAAGGCAAGGGCUGGACCGUCGUCCAGAGAAACUCUCACAACACUGAGAUCAACUGGAAGCAAUCCUGGACCACCUACAAGUACGGCUUCGGGAACGUGCAGAGCGAUCACUGGAUGGGCACCGAGUACCUGCACCUGCUGACGCAGCAACGCACCUACAAGGUCCGCUUUGUUGUGCGGGACAAAGCCAACGUCACCCAUUACGCCGAGUACGACAUCUUCAGGGUGGAGAGCGAGGAUAGCGGGUACCCGUUGAGGCUGGGCCGGUUUUCUGGUGAUGGGGAGGACUACCUGACCCUCUAUCACCCCAAGAAGGGGGGCAUACACGACAACAUGAAGUUCAGCACAACUGACAAGGACCAGGACCAGUACAGCGGAAACUGCGCCAGCAGCUACGGGGGCUGGUGGUACGACAGGUGCCACAACGUCCUGCUCAACACCCAGAAAAACAUCCUUUGGCCAGGGUUCUGUGAUAAGGCGACUGCGCGUCCUCCCUCAUCCUGGUCAAACCCACAGACGUGUGCUGACCGUGCCACGGAGCCCAGCCUCCCGCCAGUUUGUGGGAGUGCCACCGCCCCCAGCCCAGUGCCCCGUUCCCGUGCCUGCAGCUCCUGCACUGUCACCAGCCAAAAGACGGCGGCUCUAGGGCUCAGGAGCAAUCACCCAGAGCCCUGGGCACGCCAGCAGCUUCGGGUGGUGAACCUGCAGCAAAUUAAGUAUAUUAUACAAGUCCUCUCCUGA